AUGUCUACCAACGCAGCCGCUCGUAUGGCGGCACAAUCACCAGCAUCGACAUCAGACAAGCAGAACAACACGCCAACUAAACCGAGCCCCUUCCGCUCCAUUAUCGCUGGUAGCACCGCCGGCGCAGUUGAGAUCGCCAUCCUCUAUCCCGCCGAGUUCGCGAAAACCCGCACCCAACUCAACCAGCGCCUGCCUUCAGGCCAGAAACUCCCCUUCCCUCCAUUCGGCGCGCAAUGGUAUGCCGGCUGCACCACCCUCAUUAUCGGCAACAGCAUCAAAGCUGGAGUCCGCUUCGUUGCCUUCGAGCAGUUCAGAAGAGCCUUGAGUGAUGCGGAGGGUAAUGUGAGCGGUCCAAUGACGGUGGUGAGCGGGUUUCUGGCAGGAGCUACGGAGAGCUUGCUGGCUGUGACGCCCUUCGAGAGCAUCAAGACUCAGUUGAUCGAUGAUCGCAAGAGACCGCAGCCACGGAUGAAUGGCUUUCUACAUGGGAGCAGACUGAUAUUCCGGGAGCAAGGCGUGCGCGGAUUUUUUAAGGGUUUCGUGCCCACGACUGCGAGGCAAGCGGCAAACUCUGCGGUGCGGUUUAGCUCGUAUACCUGGUUGAAGCAGAUGGCACAGUCAUAUGUCGCGCCCGGGGAGAAACUGGGGACAUUGGGCACGUUUGCGAUUGGAGGCAUGGCAGGAACGGUCACUGUCUACGCGACGCAGCCGAUCGACACUGUCAAAACCAGGAUGCAAGCCAUCGACAGCAAGGGCAUGUACCGCAACAGCAUCGAUUGUGGUGUGAAGAUCUUCAGGGAGGAAGGUGUUUUCAAGCUGUGGAGUGGUGCUCUACCCCGACUGGGAAGGCUGAUGUUCAGUGGUGGCAUUGUGUUUGCAAUGUACGAGAAGACCAUGGAGCUAUUGGAUAAGGCAGACCCGGGACGAAAGUACAUUUGA